AUGGCGCUGAAGCAGAGUUACCAACGAGUGGCCCGGCAAAUUGCAAGCGAGGUUUCGUCCAUCGUAUACAUCCAUGACGCUGUUAAUAGUCUAGACCUCGAUGAGAUGGUGGUGGCAGUCAAGCGAUGGUUGGACGAGCGAGAGAACAAUCGCUGGCUGGUGAUCUACGACAACUAUGACGACGUUGACUUUGGUACACGAGAUAAUUCGGAACAGACUACUCAACAUAUUGCAACGGAAGACAAGGAUGAUGACGGCGGGACAGCUUCGAAAGCAUACGACAUACGCCCUUAUUUUCCGAACACCGAACACGGCGCCAUUUUCAUCACGACAAGAUCAUCGUCCGUAGGCCGCCUCGGACGCAGUAUCCAGCUUGAAAAGCUAAGCGACAUCCAGGACUCUCUGAAAAUACUGGCAUCAACCUGCGGGCCCGUCGAUUUAGCCGAUGGUAAGUCUACAAACGCUCCAUCGCUCUACUUGGACUAA